AUGCGGCUCGUGGAGGCCGCCAUCACCGCGGCUUCUUUCGAGAUAAGAUGCGACCACUUCGCGGAGGCGCUUGAGCGGUGCGUGAGAAGCGGGCUCACUGCGGUGCACAGCAACGACGAGAAUGCCAUCCAGAUCUAUUCGCAGUUGCAGGAGGAAGGACGGCUCCCUGUUCGCGUUUACCUGACGCUUCCCCACGAAGAGCUCGACAAGGACAACCCUGUCGCCGACAACAGCGGUGGCGGUGGAAGAAAGGAGAGCGUAGGAGAAGUGUGCGAUAAAAAACCGACACCGUGGUCCGGGAACGGAGGCCUGGUGUCUUGGAACCGAGUGAAGCUCUUCUCGGACGGGUCGUUAGGCGCUGAGACGGCUGCGAUGAGGCUGCCGUACUUGGGCACUGCCAACAAAGGUGUCCUGAUACAUGAGCCGGAGGCGCUUACGAGAAAGGUGGCGCAAGCGCGAGACCGCGGAUUCCGGGUUGAAGUUCACGCCAUCGGGGACAGGGCCCUGGAGGCCGUCCUGGAUGCCUUCGAAGGAGCGGGUCUUCAACCCACAGACCGGCCAAUUGUGACUCACUGCCAGGUUGCCGGCCCUGACCUGGUGGCGAGGAUGGGGAAGCUUGGCGCCGUUGCGGCGGUUCAGCCGUCUUUCGUACCUUCGGACGCGGACGUGGUCAUCAAACGCCUGAGCCCCUCCAUGCACCCGAGUUGCUACCCCUGGCGCUCGCUUCUGGGCGGCGGUGUGACGUGCGCGGGUAGCAGCGACGCCCCAAUCGAGACCCACAACCCCUUCCGUGGCAUGUACGACGCGGUAUUUAGGCCGGAUAAGCCUCCCUCGUCUCCGGUAGAUCAAGAAGGCGCUACAACGCAGCCAUCGGGCGGCGACACCGAUGACCUUGCCAACGGCGAGACCAGGAACAGUCGUGGCGGCGGCGGCGGCGGCGGCGCCAGCGGCAGCGGCGUGACCGCCUUUAUGCGGGAUGAAUGCCUCACGCUCGAAGAGGCGGUGUGGAUGUACACCGCCGCCGGCGCCUUCGCGGCGGGCGCGGAAGGGAGGAUCGGGGCCAUUCGGCCGGGGCUCCUGGCCGACCUCACCGUCUUCGAAGUGGAAGGCGGCUACGAGAGCCUGUUGAAAGACCCGAGUCUGCUUCUUGAGGCCAAGGUUUCUCAGGUUUGGGUAGGCGGUCGGUGCUGCUGGAACAACGCUAGCACCGCCGACGACAACAAUGAUCGAAGCGAGAACGGCGGGGCCAAAAACGGAUCCCCCUUGCAAGAUCUAUCGUCGCCGUCGCUUCUACGCGGUAGCGGGUUGCCGGGCAAGAAUGGGCCUAAGCGCAAGCGAACUGGGCCAGGGAGCGACCGCAGCGGCAGCAACCCGUGGUUAUCGGGAGGCAUCGGUCGUAUGGGCCGGUGCCGGUGUUGCUCUUGAAAUGCCGACGCCUCUUCGCUGCCCCAGCGUGUACAUCGGCGUUUCUUUAGGGGGCUGUCGAUAGAUGCUGAUGACGCAAGAACGAAGUGUGGUAUAAAUAGGCCCAGAACGUAGCUUUGAGUCCCGUGGGCUUUUCGUACACUGCUGUACGAUCGCAUGGUCCAGCAGGUGGGUGGGGUGUGUGGUAGUAUCUUCUGCUACCCUAUCACUUGAUCAGAGAGUUUAAUCGCUUUCGAGCUAACGGUGUGCCACAAAGUAUCUUAUCACAGGGUCUCGUGUUUUGUGGCUGGGCGUGGUAUCUGUUGCGGCUGUGAUAUCUCGUGUGGUGAAUAGGCUACGAUAUACCACGCCGAUCCCCUUGGUGUCGGCACAUGUCGCGCUUCGUCUCUGUUGUAGACAAUAACAUCGUGUGAACGUGUCGCUGUGCAGCUGUAAUUUCUUCGCCGUCAAUCGCCCAGCAUAGAAGAGGAGGGGGUAGGGGAUUACGUUCCGCCCUAUUGCCAUCAAUUUUGUUGCCAUCGAGAACCAGCCUGACCGGUACCUCG